AGUGAUCAAAACAAUCUUCGGCUAUCUGCCUGCUUCAGAAUAUGUGGUGUGAUUUGAAGAACAACUUGGAAUAUGAAUGCUGUGAUAUGUGCAGUUUGUCUCAUAGUGAGUGUGUAUGGAAGAGUUGCUGUAGUCGAAGAAAAACUGUCGGAUAUAUCUGAAAAUUUAAUUAUAGAUGAUAAACUUUUAGAAAUUGAAAGUACAACUGAUCAACCGAAAGUAUUAGCAAAGAAUGAUAAAACGGACCUUUGCCUUGAUGUUAAUUCUAUAAAUAAUACAAUAAAUGAGACAACGGCGGAACAGUUAGCGUGUUUGUAUAAACUGCUCAAUUCAACAGUUAUUAAUUUAAAUGAAACAAAAACUGAUAAUGGUGUUGCUUUGAUUUUAACACCUCUUAUAGAAGCUGGUAAUAUUGAAGAAGCUCGUAACGCAAGUAAAGUUGAUCCAGAACAAUUUCUAGGCUUGGAGAGCUACUCAGGAUUUUUUACGGUGAACAAAACGUACAACUCGAAUCUGUUCUUUUGGUACUUCCCCGUGGAAAAUAAGCCAGUGAAUGAAACGCCAUGGGUUAUAUGGCUACAGGGAGGGCCAGGAGCCUCAAGUCUGACUGGUCUAUUCGACGAGAUUGGCCCAUUGACAGUUGAAAACGGGCGUAUAGCACGCAACCGUUACUCUUGGCUACAGAAUCACUCGCUUGUGUUCAUUGACAAUCCCGUGGGAACAGGCUUCAGUUUCACUGAUCAUCCAGAUGGGUUCACUCAAGACAGCACUACGUAUGGUCAUCACCUCUACACAGCCUUCAAGCAGUUCAUCCUGGUGUUCCCUGAGCUGAAGUCAGCUCCAUUGUUCGUGGCGGGCGAGUCCUACGCUGGGAAGUACGUGCCGGCAUUGGCUGCGGAGAUCCAUACGCAUAUGGAUGAAACAGAUGGCAAAGUUAAAAUGGAAGGUAUGAUGAUCGGCAACGCAUACGUGGAACCGUCAAUGAUAUCUCAACUAGCCAAGCCGUUUUACCACUUCGGGCUCUUAGUAAAGGAACAACUGGACAUCGUGAAGCCUUUGGUCGACGCUUUCCACGAAGACAUUGCUGCGAAUAGGAGCAUCGAAGCUAAAGAGAAAUUCACAGGCCUCAUUACGAUCUUGCUGUUCCUCACGCAUCAGAAGCAAGGCUACAACUUCCUGAAAGACGACAUCUCAGCGGGGCACUACUCCUCCUACCUCGAACAGAGUGUUGUGAGGAAGGCUCUUCAUGUAGGAGAUAUAGGGUUCAGUUUCGUCAACAUGACUGUGAAUUCCAGAUUGGCGCCAGACUUUUUGAGCAAUGCUCGUCCGAAGUUUGAGAUGCUGUUGGACCAUUACAGGGUGCUUACUUAUUGCGGUCAGCUCGACCAGAUGCUACCCUGCGCAUACACAUCAGAGAGCUACCGGCAGUGGAAGUGGAAGCAUUCGCAGGAAUUCCUAGACGCCACCCGGUAUCCAUAUAUUUACAACAAGAAACUGGCCGGCUACCACAAAACGGGUGGUGGGUUGACCGAGGUUUUAAUUCGUGGUGCUGGUCACAUGGCGCCUAUGGACAAGCCUGGAGCAACCCAGGAGCUGGUCUCUCGAUGGACCCACCAGCAGCCACUCAGUUCCGGCUUCGGUGUACUCGAAGGCUCCUUCGUACAAGAGUUCAUAAAGAACUAUACUAAUUCCAUUUAUUUAUAGAAGUUAGAAUAAUAAAUUAUUUAUUUGGUGAUAAAAAUACAAGUUAAGUAACAGUGAAUAGUACAAUAUAGUACAAAGUUAGACCCCAACAAAAUGACUCAGUUGUUGGUAUUAUUAUGGUUCUUCUUUUUAUUUUUGUACCUGCACAUAUAGUAUACAACAGGCUGCAAAUAAAUCUGUUAAAACAAACUCAGUUAUUAAUGCGAGUUGUAUUGUCAGUAUGCAACUUUCAUCAAAUGACUGACAAGAUUACUGCGCCACCCUACUUUAAGAUAAUAAUUAAAGAAUGUUACCAUAGGAAUGUUAUUAGAAC